GGCAUACCAUCAGGGAUAGAUAAGAAAGUAGACAAGCAGAGGGGAGGGAAGGGGAUUAGUGGUGCAUCGCUUUAAAGACACAUAUACAUCACAGCCAACGCCACUCUGACCUGCAGCGCAGAGCCCUGCACAGACGAGAAGCACGGCGGGAGCGGGGAGCCAGGAGACAGACCCCGGCGCACAGGGCGGCGUGCUUUGAGGGCCAACGGGUUUGGUUCGGAGAAUUGUUUUAAGAGGCUGUUCUGAAAGGAGAGGAGAUCAACCGGCCGUAACCUGGAGGACCCACAGCUCGAGUUCCAACGGGCCCCGCACCAGAGCUUCCCAAUGAGUAUGUCUGGUACUCUGGAGAAGGGGGCUCACCACCAGAACCUGGACCUGUCUGAGGAGGUGCCCCCGCACCACCACUACCACCACCAGCAGCUCCAGCACCACCAGCAGCAGCAACUGGCCCAACUCGGCCACCACCAGCACCACCAGCACUCCAACUCCCUGGCCUCCACCACCGCCGUGGGCAUGGGCGGAGGCUCAGAGACGCCGCCACCGCGCGUGGUGGUGCCUCCGCCCUACUCCGCCGCUGAGAGCGGUGGUGGAGGAGGGAGCGACGCCCCGCUGGAGCUGCGCGGCUCUCUGGACUGCUGGGCGUGCUCCGUGCUGGUGACGGCCCAGAACCUGCUGAUCGCGGCCAUCAACGCCUGCCUGGCCGGGGUGGUGUUUGGCACCAUCCUGACGCCCGCCACCACCAUGGUGGCGUUCGGCUUCCUCUGCCAUUCCACGGUGCGCCCCCACGGGACCUCCCGCUACUGCUCCGACCUGCUGUCUGACGGGGGCUGCGUGGCCCUGCUGGUGGUGGGCUUCCUGCUCGUCACCCCGCUGCUGGUGCUGGCCCUGGCCGCCUACUGCCGCCUGGCCCGCCACCUCCAGCUGGGCCUCUGCUUCAUCCCCUACAGCCGCGCCGUCUACAAGAACCUGCCCGCCACACAGCACCGCGGCCUGGCCCCCGGCUGCUGCUGCCCGGGGGGGGGCCCGCGGGGGGGCUCUGCCAGCGGGAAGGGGAAGGUGUGGGUGUAGCGUCGUGGAGGUGAGGGAAGGAGUGGGUGGGGGGACAAUCAGCUUUCAAUGGGGGACUGUGGCCCGGGGGCAAAAGUGGCCCCUGAAUUAAAUUUGUAAUUUUGUAUUUUUUGUUUGCUAGUUUCUAGUUUAAACCUUCAAAAAACGUCCCUUUGCGAGGGACAAUCAAGGUUGUACGGUUCAAGUCAUUCACUGUAAUAUGUGGUGAGGAGGGCACCAUCGAUGGCUGGUUACUGCAGGAGAUUACUGUUACUUAAUGAGGGGGGCAGGGCGCAUACUGAUGCAGCAAGACCCCCCACUACCAGGAAUGAUGUUGUUGUGAGAAUCACCCAUUUGGGGGAUUCAAUAUGGGGGUGGUCUUACUAAGGAGGGGGGUUGAGGUUUGGGGACAAAACAAGAGGAUGAUGCAGGGUAAAAGCUGUUAGGCAAAGACCUGAGACAAAAGGUCUCCACUAGAUCUGGGGCAAUGUGAGCAUCAAUCUCACUCAUUCUAGACAGAGAUGUCAAAAUGUCUGGAAAUGUGUUUUAUUAAAACUGCAGCCAACUGGCUCUACCUUUAGCUAGGAAUUGGGCCCAAUCUAUUACCAAAUCUAUUACAUACGCAGGAUGUACUGAAAUGAAAUACAAUAAAAUCGUUCAUUAUUAUGAAUUUCCACCAUGGAUUCGAUUUUAGUGAUGGCUUUAGCUUAGAUUACAAACCAGGAACGUAUACUUGUUUCGCCUGGUAUCUGUUAUAUAAAUACAAUUGUUACAAACUAAUGUGCAAUGUGUCUGAUUAUUUAAGUGUGUGAAAACAUCCCUCAUUCAUGUGAGAUGUCACCUUACACUCACCGACCUGUGUUUAAUAACUCUUAUAAUAAAUCCAUAGUAAUACACCAACUGAUUUAAAUGCACAAAUUAAAUAUAAUUUUGCAGCCUUUGCAUAUUUACAAGUGGUUCACCGUGGAUUUACUGUUUUUUUUUAAUGGGAACAACGUGCAACACGAGUUUCAUUAAAUGUCAGGUCUGCGAGUGGAGGAGCCCACUGAACCAUGGCUUGAUGAUUAUGCCAACAAUUUAAAUAGCCAUUGAUAAGCUCAGUGUUGUGAUUGCAAAUGAGUGAUUUUUGUGAUUUGAUUGUGAUUUGCAAAAAUAGAUUUCUUGUUUUAAUAAUUUUCAUAAAUCACUUCAGUUGGCUUGCUUUGAUAAGUUAAAAUACAGGUUACUUACAAAAUGUAACGUUGUUUUACUUUGGCAAAAGCCGAUAACUCAGCAUUUCAUGCUUCAGAGUUAAACAAAACCAUGUAAUGGCCUUUAAGUUCACUAUUUAAUUUUUUUGAACUUGUGCAGAAAAUUGCAAUAAAAGUAUCGCAGUAUGCAGUUUUGUGUUCCACAGU